CGAGAGCGCCCGGGCAAAGCGGCGCGGCAGACUACCGUGUCUCGGGGACUACAAGCUCCUCCAGUUCCUGUUUCCGCCGCAGCCUUUUCCUACCCGAAUUUAGACGAAAACAUCGCUGCGUCAGAUUCCAACUUCAGCCAGCCCCCCCAUGGUCGGAGCGCGCGGAGCGCCGGGGUGUCAUGUCCAGGACGUAGCUCAAUAGAUGGAGUCCCACGGGACGAAUCACAAGAGGUGAGGCAGCGAUCUGGACCGGCGUGGAGUGCAGGGAGCCGAGCGGACAGGCGAGACACCAGCCCCGGGGGGGGGGGGGUUUCCAGCGUGCGUCCCGGGAACAAAGCCCAGAGCCCUCCGGCGCCGGGAGCUAACUCCUUGGGUAGACUGAGGCGGAGCGGCGAGAGGUGCGCGGGUCGUCACAGCCCCAGGCCGGCAUGCUCGCCAUGCUUUAGCACGGCGAGGACGGAGGACUGAUCGAACAACCAAAGAAACGCCCACCACCACCACCACCACCACCCUGCACACCGCCUCAUUGCACCUGCGGCUCACUCGUGUACCAGACCAGCAAAACCAAAACAAUGCCCUUGCCGAGGGUGGCGCUGUGGCAGCUGUUGUGACGGAGCAGAGAGCGCGCGUGCACGUGCGGCGGCGGCGGCGGCGGCGGCGGCGGGGCAGCUGUGGUGGCCGGGCGGGCGGACUGACAGGCUUUCGGGUGGGGCGCUUGCUGAACCAUGCGGCCCUGGGCGGGUUCAUGGCGCUGGAUUACCCUGGUGCUGCUGGCCUGGGGAACCUUGCUCUUCUACAUCGGGGGCCACUUGGUGAGGGACAGCGAGCACCCGGAGCGCUCCAGCCGAGAGCUCUCCAAGAUCCUGGCCAAGCUGGAGCGGCUCAAGCAGCAGAAUGAAGACCUGCGGCGCAUGGCCGAGUCUCUCAGGAUACCAGAGGGCCAGGUGGAGGCGGGGUCCCUGGCCGCAGGGAGGCUGCGCUCCCUGGAGGACCAGCUCACCAAAGCCAAGCAAAAGAUCCACAGCUUUCAGAGACUCACCGGAGAUGGUCCCGGGCCCACUCAGGAGGAGUUGCGGAGGAGGGUGGAGAACGGCGUCAAAGAGCUGUGGUACUUUGUCCGCAGCGAGGUGAAGAAGCUGGCCAACGUGGAGGCCAGCGAGAGGCAGAAGUAUGCCGACACGUUGCUUCAGGACCUGGGACACCAGGAGAGAUCCAUCAUGACAGACCUGUACUACCUCAGCCAGGCUGAUGGAGUGGGCGAGUGGAGGAUAAAGGAGGCCAAGGAGCUUUCUGCCUUGGUCCAGAACCGAAUCACCUACCUACAGAACCCCCCAGACUGCAGCAAGGCACGGAAGUUGGUGUGCAACAUCAAUAAGGGCUGCGGUUAUGGCUGCCAGCUGCACCACGUGGUCUACUGUUUCAUGAUCGCGUACGGCACCCAGCGCACCCUCAUCCUCGAGUCCCACAACUGGCGCUACGCCACCGGCGGCUGGGAGACCGUCUUCCUGCCCGUCAGCAACACCUGCAUGGACCGCACCGGCGCCACGACUGGCCACUGGUCAGGUGAGGCCCAUGAUAAGGACAUCCAGGUGGUGGAGCUGCCCAUAGUGGACAGCCUACACCCGCGGCCCCCUUACCUGCCCCUAGCCAUUCCUGAAGACCUGGCCCAGCGUCUGCACCGGCUCCACGGGGACCCUUCCGUCUGGUGGGUGUCCCAGUUUGUCAAGUACCUGGUGCGUCCUCAGGCCUGGCUGGAGAAGGAGAUCCAGCAGACCACCGCCAAACUGGGAUUCAAACACCCCAUCAUCGGCGUCCAUGUGAGGAGGACAGACAAGGUGGGGACAGAGGCUGCCUUCCACCCCAUAGAGGAGUACAUGAUGCACGUGGAGGAGCAGUUCCAGCACCUGGCCAGACACGUCCACGUGGACAAGAAACGCGUCUACCUGGCCACCGACGACCCUUCCCUUCUGCAGGAGGCCAAAACCAAGUAUCCAGACUAUGAGUUCAUCAGCGAUAACUCCAUCUCCUGGUCAGCGGGCCUGCACAACCGUUACACGGAGAACUCACUGAGAGGGGUCAUUCUGGAUAUCCAUUUCCUGUCACAGACGGACUUCCUGGUCUGUACCUUCUCCUCACAGGUGUGCCGUGUGGCCUACGAGAUCAUGCAGACGCUCCACCCGGACGCCUCCUCCUACUUCUACUCCCUGGAUGACAUCUACUACUUCGGAGGUCAAAACGCCCACAACCAGAUCGCCGUCUACCCCCACCAGCCGCGCAACAGCGAGGACAUACCGCUGGAGCCCGGCGACGUGAUCGGCGUGGCCGGCAACCACUGGGACGGCUACUCCAAGGGGGUCAACCGCAAACUGGGCCGCACCGGCCUCUACCCCUCCUACAAGGUCAAGGAGAAGAUCGAGACGGUGAAGUAUCCCACCUACCCCGAGGCGGAUAAACUGCUCAGCUCUCGAAAGAAGUAAAAAGGAGGAGUUGUGAACGAUAACCGGGGGGGGGGGGGGAGCGAGAACAAACGAGGACCCCCCCCCCCAAAUAAAUAAAUAAAUAAAUAAAUGAAUACAAUUAAAAAUAAAAAUUUUCAAAAAAGCAAAGAGAGCGACUGAGGAGAGAACACACGGACUCCGAAUUCAGGGAAGGAGGCUGCUUUUGUACAGAACAGAGAGCUUACUUAGCGUGCUAAGCUAAGAAGAAGAGACACUAAGCCUGCACCCAGGGUGAAAGGAAUGAGGAUGCACUGCGUGUGCGUGCGUGUGUGGUGCGCGUGCGUGCGUGUGUGUGCGUGUGUGUGCCUGCGUAACCUUUGUGAGCGUAUUGGUAUGCGUGAGCUUAUGUACGUGCCUGUGCGUAUGUCAGGUCACGGAAGACUUGCACCCCACCAACUGCCCCUUACUACAACCCGCCCCCCCGCCUCCGCCCCCCCACCUCCGCCCCCGGCCCGGCGUCGAAAGCCUCGGGUUUGUAGAGAUG